CUCCAAGCUACUCUCAAAUUUAGUUUUUCUAUUUAUCACUCCUCCCGAUCGAUCUACCAAACCAAACCAAAUUCACAUAAAAAAAAAAAAAUUUUAAUUAUCAUCUUUGUUUGUUUUUCUGGUGUUAAUCUCAAUCAAUCGAUGUCGAUAUUUGAGUAUAAUGGGAGUGCUCUAGUAGCAAUGGUAGGUAAAAAUUGCUUUGCUAUUGCUAGUGAUCGGAGGCUCGGUGUUCAGCUUCAAACCGUCGCCACUGACUUUCAAAGGAUUUUCAAGAUUCAUGACAAGCUUUUUCUUGGUCUUUCUGGCCUCGGCUCUGACGUGCAAACUCUGCAUCAGCGUCUUGUGUUUCGCCACAAACUGUACGAGCUUCGUGAAGAAAGGGAUAUGAAGCCUGAAACUUUUGCCAGUCUUGUAUCUGCCAUUCUCUAUGAGAAAAGGUUUGGUCCUUAUUUCUGCCAACCUGUGAUCGCUGGAUUGGGAGAGGAUGACAAGCCAUUCAUCUGCACAAUGGACUCUAUUGGAGCAAAAGAGCUUGCAAAAGAUUUUGUUGUUGCUGGGACAGCAUCAGAGUCUCUUUAUGGUGCAUGUGAGUCGAUGUUCAAACCUGACAUGGAACAAGAGGAGUUGUUCGAGACCAUCUCCCAAGCUCUUCUAUCAUCUGUUGACCGUGAUUGUUUGAGUGGUUGGGGAGGGCAUGUAUAUGUUGUUACACCAACUGAAGUGACAGAAAGAAUCCUGAAGGGUAGAAUGGAUUGAGCUUGUCACAAAGAACUAUUAGCCUCGAAUCUGUAUGAUUAGUGAUACGAACAAUUUGGCAUUCGGAUUGGAGGUGAGUAAGCUGGGGCACUGAUUUGAUGAGGUUAUUGUAUUGGUGUCUGGUAUCUUAUAAAACUAUGAAGGUAGUCUUGUGUUUUUGGCUUGAAAAUUUGACCAAAUUUUAGACUUGUAUGGUAAUGUUCUGUAACAGUCAUUUCAUGUCUCUCCAAGAAUGUUUUCCUUCAA